AUUUUAGUCUCAGAAGGUGAACAACUCGAGAAAGAAUGAGUCGACACAAGGAGGCCGCCGAUGGUCCGUUGAACUGUGACGUGUUGUCGCUGGAUGACCCGGCGACCCCCAUGACCGCUCGGCCGACGUCUUCGUCAGGCCGGAGCAAGGCCAAAGCGAAAGACAAGUCCGAGUUCCGCCGGUACUUUGAUCAGGAGGAGCUCCCGAUGUCCAUCGAGACUCAAAACGGAGACCGCAACAUUGUGUGGACAACCCCGCUUGAAGCGCUCGAUUACACCCACAUUCUCCCAAUUUGUUGCUCUGGACUCCAGGAAACACUCGAGCCCUAUCCGUCGUUUGCUUUCAAAGCAACGAUGGAGCUGCUGGAGCAUGGCAUGGCCGAUUCUCGGGUGCUCAAGUCGCUGCCCCCCGUGAUGUCGCACGUCAAGGCGGCUCUUAACAAGCGAGACAAAGAAGUCGUCCACCGCGUGCUGUUGGUCGUCCAGCAGUUGGCUGUGUGCGAGGGCGUUGGAGAAGCGUUGAGUGAAUACUAUCGAACGAUCUUGCCGCUGUGCAAUUUACUCAAGGACAAACGCCUUGGCACCGGCGACGGCAUGACCAAAGAGCUCAUCCAAGAAACCCUUGAAAUCCUCGAAGCGUACGGGAAGGAUGACGCCCACCACCAAAUUCAGCACCACGUUCCAGGGUACCAGCACUGCGCCGUCAAGUAACGAAUGUAUUUACCCCCCA